AUGGAUCAGGGAGCCACAUUGCGACAUUUUGCCAAGACGGUGGUGAAUUUUAGCAGUGGUUUACUCUUAGCUAGGCUUACGAUUCCGAGAAGUCGGAAUGUCGGAUGUUUCGAACUCCUUCUCAGCUUGGAAGACCCUGCCGGAGGACGAACCUCCGCUGCGCAUCGCAGUUCGACGCCCAGAGUCACCUCCACGCCACUUAGAGGCGCCUUUGCAUUUGGAUCAGACACCAGCUUCCGCUUGCGAGAUCUUGAACGAGAUCUUGUUGAAGUUCUUGUACAGCAAGUUGUCAACAAUCAACUCUUUGAAGUGGUUGAUUCUGAUCUUCUUGACCUUCUCGCAGUACAAAAACGAAGCGUUGAUCAAGGCAGUCUGGGUAGUCAUCUGGUCGCUAAGGUCAACGAAUUCCUUCAUCAUGUUAUAUCUAGCAACAACCAAGGGCUUCCCGAUUGGUUGAAAGCUGGCAUCACGUCUCUUCGAGACCCUCAACGGGAAUCAGGACAACCUAUCGAACUCGUGGAUGAGUUCUGUUAUUUGGGCUGUACGCUGAAAAACGAUGGCAGCUACGAGAGAGAUAUUCAGCAGCGAUGUACUAAAGCUAAUUCGACAGUCAACUCAUUGACCAAGUGCCUAUGGUCAACCCUCAUCGCCAACGAAGUCAAACCUGGGUGUCUACCUAUCCGCAAUUUCCCCUAUCAUGAUGUAGGGAUCGGAGACCUAGGCAGCGCCGUCGACGGUGAUGGAGAAGCUGGACUACACGGAGAGAGAGAGCUGUUCAGACGACUGCUAAGCACCUUUCGGCCGAUGGUGUGGUGUAACGAAGAACUUUACUCGGAAGUGCACAUGAUGUGCCGGCAGAUGACUCGUGGAAAACAUCAACAUCUUGCCCGGCUUUCUGAAGUAUUCACGGGAAAUCGUCUUCGCUUCUCUGGUCACGUUAUGAGGAGACCGUGUGAUCGUCUUGGUCACGUUGUCUUGAGGAUGAUCCAGACCCAAACUGGAAAAGCCCUCCUGGUCGUAAAAGAAUGUUUUCGCGGAGAUGAUGAAGGAAGAUCUGAGGACACUUGGCGUUGA